CUGUUUGAUGACGAAGAUGCUCGUGAACUGAAUCUGCGGCAUUUGCGAUCUCACAUUUCGCUUGUGGGACAGGAACCCACUCUCUUCAACUACUCAAUCAGGGAAAAUAUUGCAUACGGAAGUGAAAACUCAACCAUCGAGCAGAUUGAGGAAGCCGCAAAGUUAGCAAAUGCGCAUGAUUUCAUCACCAAGCUGCCAGAGGUCUGCACAGCGUACAUUUUUGAAAUUUUGCUUGGGAAGCACUGCGAAACUUUGAGGGCUAUAACACCGUUGUUGGUGAAAAGGGAGGAAUGCUGUCUGGAGGACAAAAACAACGUAUAGCC